CCAAACACUAGUUCUGAUUUUUUUAUUUUUUUUCUAUCUUUUUCUUCAAAAUCUGAAAUCUCUUCGUUUUCUUGGAGUUUUGUUUCAUCAUCAAUAUAUAUCAGAUUUUUGUUAGAAUCCGACGAGGGUUUUCCUUGUAAGGUGUAUUUAUGGCGCCAGGAAGCCAACGGCAGAAAUCUUACCCACACAUCAAAAACCUUUUCUUUUGCCUUUUCUUUUUCUCUGGUUGAUGAAGGAAGAAGAAAGUAGAUUUUUUUUUUUUUUCUUGUUUUGCUAUUCUAAUUUGUUUGUUUCUACUGAUUGUUAGAUUCUCCCCAUUUUUUUUUUCCAAUCACGUAACCACUUUAUGUUUUAGCCAAUAGAAACAAGCCACACAUCCCCUUUUACAAAAUUUUCUCGAGAAAAAAAAGAGGAAAACAAACCACCCUCCCCCUUUCUCUCUUUUAUAUAAACCCCCCCAUUUGGGCUUAAUGAGAAUCUUGAUGAUGCUGCAUCGGCAAUAAACGACUACAUAUAUUUAUGCAAAAAAAAAGGGCGGCUCUUAAUUUCCCCCAGUGCAGUUCUGUUGCUGUCAGGUGAUUGAUGACUAUUGCAUAGCGUCUGUUGUGAAGGGGAGGGGCUUUUUUCAUCUGUGUUUCACUUUGCAGAUCAUCUGUUUGACUAUUCUCCUGAACCAAAAUCCACACACAAUGAUAAAUAAGAUAAUUUCUUUAGAUCUAUUUUGGAUUUAACACAGAUUCAAUUUGAUGAUUUUGAACUCAGCCAAUAUAUAGAUAGUUACUCUUGUUUUUGAUGGUUUUAUAAAUUAACCUAUCUUUGAUCUAGAUUCUUUUUUCUAAUUGAACAGUUUCGUUCUAAUUUUUGCAGCCUUGCAGAAGCAGUAUACGUAUAUAUACGUUUUAGAUUCUGUUUUUUUUUUUAAUGGGGUUUUAUGAUAAAUACAUGAACUAAUUAAUACGCAAGUUUUUUUGUUCUUCUUCCCAGUUUCACAGCACAUCCUUUGUCUUUACUUUGAAAGAAAAAUUCAAAAAUCAAAUUGUAUUGUAGAGAUUCUUCACAGGUGGAGUUUGGCUUUGGAAAUUAGUGCAUCUUUGAAAAUUGGAACUCUGCUCUUUCUCUCACUGUUGAAACUAAUUAAAAGGUAGAAACAUUAUGUCAUGCAUAUGUACAUUGUCAUCCAUUUACACUCACUUGUUUUGUGGACCAAACCAAGCAUUUUGCAACUUGGAUCUAUUCUUUCUCCUCCUCAAUAAUACAAGUAGCCCCCCAAUCUUGAAACUUUUUUCGAUUUGAUGCAUCAGCCUCACCCCACACGAUUCUGGACAGUUGUGAUUAUUCAGUAUCCAUUUAUACCCCCACAAAUAUCAUGGAAAUCUGUGUUCAUGCUUAGCUUAAUUAUUUGUAUACAUCUAUAUCAAUGUCCUUGCGUUGCAAGGUCCCCAUAUUCUUUGCUGCUCCAUAUAUUAAUUGAAGGGUAGACUCUAAUUGCUGCAUUAAUCUAAAUCCUAACCCACGUAUGGUUAAAAUGUUGUUCUGCCCACUCAUUCACCCACGUACCUUUUGAAUAUAUAGAAGUUCUUAACUUAUUUCUGAGACAUCUUACCUAUGACAAUUCAUAUAAGUUAGCUUUAUUUGGCCCUUCUACUUUACCUCUAUUCCUGAGCUAUCAGGAACAUAUGUUAUUAGGUUCUUUCUAGUGUACUCCAAUGGAUUGUUACUCGAAUCAGUUGUCGUUUAGUUAGCAUUGUAUAUUGGGGAUUAUUUAUGAUCAAUUUAAUGACUUGGUUUUUUUUUUUUUUGCUUAAUUAAAAGUAGUUAAUUAAAUAGUUUCAUGUUCAGAAUUAAAUCAGAAGAAGUCAGUGGACUUUAAGUUGAUUAUCCCCUGUCUUCAGCGGUAUGCCGUGCAGAUACUACUGAUGUCAAGCUCUUUUGCUUUUUUUAACAUUUUGUGUGGUUUGGUGUUGGGAAUUCGCAUAUAGCUUCUGGUAUUCUUCUCUUUUAUUGUUAUGUACCCAUUUUUGUUUUUUUUAACUAGUAUAGAAAGAUUAAUAAUUCAACAAUAUAAAAAUUUAAAUCUUUAAUUUUUAAAUUUUUAUAUAAUUAAUAUUAACUCGAUUAAAACUUUAAUAGUAUUAUAUAUUAUUUUUUAUUUAACUAUAAAAGUAGUUUAUAUUA